AUGGGUGUUCCCUCACUGUUCAGAUGGCUUCAGCUUUCACAUAGAGAAACCAUACACAACAUAUCUGAAAGGCCCUCUGUUGACUGCCUGUACCUCGACUUCAAUGCAAUAAUACAUACCUGCAUCAAGCCAGGAAUAGGUUCAUAUGAUGAAAUAGAAAAGGAUCUGCAUGGCACUGUUGGUGACUUUAUCGACCACAUCCUGAGCAAGGUGAAGCCAAAGAAACUGCUGUACAUAGCAAUAGACGGGGUUGCGCCAAGGGCCAAACUGUCUCAUCAAAGAGCUCGCAGAUAUAAGUCUGCACUUGGGAAGAAAGAUGGGGGAGUUGUAAUACCAGCAAUCAAGGCAAACCUGAUCCCAUCAGCCAUGAAAAAAGUCAAAAAUGGCGACAUUGCUGACGAGGAGUUUACCGGCGAAAGCUCAUUGUACGACAAGUUUGUUGCAGAGGAGCUUUCCGAUGAGUCUUCUGAAGCCGGGAUAUUUGAUCUGAAUUGUAUUACACCAGGAACAGAGUUUAUGGAGCGGCUGCACAAUGUUUUGAUUGCAUACAUCCAGCAUAAGCUGAGCAGUGACACAGCAUCGCAGAAUAUUAACAUUAUAUAUUCAAGCUAUCUAGUUCCUGGAGAAGGAGAACAAAAAAUAAUGAGUUUCAUAAGAGGCCAGGGCGUCGACUCAAGGGGGAAUGUGCAUAUGAUAUACUCUCCAGAUGGAGAUUUGAUUUUUCUUGGGCUGUCGCUGUCUAACAACAAGGUGCUGAUCAUGAGAGACUACUUCAGCUCAAGCAAGGAACGAAGCAAAAGAAUGUGUAGUAGAUGUGGAAGAACAGGGCACAACGAUGACGAGUGUGGAGUGUUUACACACUACAAUUUUGUAUAUGUAAACAUACUUGAGCUCAGAAUCAGAAUAACCAAAGAAUUCAAAAGGCAAAUAGGCCAUCGGUUUGAUGAGGAACGAAUGCUGAACGAUUGGAUAUUCCUGUGCUUCUUGCUUGGAAACGAUUUUGUGCCGUCGCUUCCAUGCCUUGAAAUACGGUUCCAUUCGAUAGAAACACUCUCUGAGGUUCUUGUGAAAAACUUUGCUGAGACAAAGGCAUACAUAACCAGCAAUGGGCCAAUCAACUACCCAAUCCUCAGGAACUUCUACUGCAUUCUUUCCAAGCGAGAAGAUGAUCUGUACUACCGGAAAUCCCAGUCACUCGACAAGUUCCGUGAGGAAAUAAAAAUAGUACCGGAUGUUCCAUACGAAAAGAUCCCAAUACAUACAAAGGCAGGGAAGAUUCAAUACUACUCAUCAAAGCUGAAUGCACAUACUGAGGCAGAUAUACGAAACGUGUGCUAUGAGUACAUCAAAGGGCUUACUUGGAUAUACUCAUACUACAUCUUUGGAUACACUGGAUGGGAUUGGUACUACCCGUAUCACUUUGCACCUCUUGCGACAGAUCUGGCAAAGGUGUUUGUUGAAGAUAUUAGCAUUACACCAGGAAUUCCUCUCAGACCUAUUGAGCAGCUGUUGGUUGUUUUGCCUCCGAUGAGCAAAGACAUGGUUCCCAGCAACCUACAGUUUGUGUUCGAGAAGUACAAGGAGCAUUAUCCAAGCGAUGUCAAGACAGACAUGUUUGACAAGGUCCAUGCGUGGCAAGAGAUCGUGAUGCUGCCAUUCGUCGACUUUACAAGCAUUCUUUCAGAAAACUCAUUGGCAUUCAACACACUUUCAUACGAAGACCUGUCGAGAAACCUCAGAGGUUCUGAUCUGAUUUUUUUGAAGGAAGGGAAAGCCGUUGAUGCAAUCAUUGGCAUGUACAUGGGGCUAAAGCCAAGCUGCAUUGUGAAUAGCCGCGGAUACUCAGGCAGCGUCACUCCAUACGCAUUCGCAAGCUUCCCCGGCGAUCAUCUGCAAUACAAUGGAAAGUCUUUUGUUAAUAAGGCUGUUGUUAGCUCAAUCGAACCAAAGCAUUCGAAAUCUAGGAAUUAA